CUGUAAGCACAUGUUUUUGUUUUUUCAAUGUAACCUCAAAGCGACAGUCAAGAAAUCAAAACAGCGAAGAUGCCUAUUUUUAAGCCGUUGAACACGAGGAUCUACAAGAAACCAAACAAAGUGGUGACACCAGAUGUGAUAUAUUGGAAAAAGUUGGGGGAUCCUGUUUUGGUGAAAGAGUUUGGCCCCAUCGAUUACAUAGACUUCUCUCCGCUGGAGCCACACCACUUUGCUGUCACAUGCUCGGUGAGGGUGCAGGUCUACAAUCCGAUCACUAAGCUCGUCGUGAAAAACUUGUCCAGAUUUAGGGAGAACGCUUACGGAGCGACGUUCAGGAACGAUGGGAAACUGUUGUGUUCGGGGAGCGCAGAGUCUGUGGUUAAAUUGUUUGAUGUGUCGUCGAAAAGUUUACUCAGGUUGUUCAAAGGGCACACGGCUGAAGUGCACAGGACGUUCUUCGUGGAGGAUAGACCGCAAAUUAUAUCGUAUUCGGAUGAUAAGAGCGUGAAGGUGUGGGAUAUAUCGACGGAGAAGGAGAUCGUCACGUACUCGGAGCACACGGAUUACGUGAGGGCCGGAGCCGUGAAUCCCAUCAUGCCUGACAUAACGAUAUCCGGCGGUUACGAUGGGGUGGUGAAAAUGUACGAUGCACGAGUCGGCGCGUCGAUCUUGACCGCACAGCACGAUGCGCCCGUCGAGUCGGUGCUGUUCCUGCCGAGCGGUGGUAUAUUCCUGUCUUGCGGUGGUACCGACAUCAAGAUUUGGGACAUGAUGGGCGCAAAGUUGCUCGGUUCAGUUUCGCAGCAUCACAAGACCAUCACGUGCAUGCGAUUGGCGUCGGACAACAAGAGACUGCUCUCCGGUAGUUUGGAUAGGCACGUGAAGAUAUACGAUACCAGCAACUUUGAAGUGGUUCACACGCUGACGUACCCCAAUUCCAUUUUGAGUUUGGGCGUAUCGAGGAAUGACGAUACCGUUGUAGCCGGUCUGGUCGAUGGAUUGGUGUGCGUCAGUCGGCGGGAGGAGGACAAAGAAGAGGAUGAGGCUAAGAAGAUGUCCUCGUUCAAGUACAACGCGAAGAAGACCACGCUGCAGCCCACCGCGGACCUGGUGGUUUCGAGCACCGAGAUGGGCAUCCAGGCGAAGUACGACAGGAAACUGAAGAAGUUCCAAUACAAUAAAGCCUUCGAGACCGUGAUGGCAAGCUACGUGAUAAACAAGACGCCGCACGUGACGAUGACCGUGCUGCAGGAGCUGCAGAGGCGCAAAUGCUUGCAUCGAGUCUUCGAGCAACUCGAGCACAGGUACAUGCUGCUUCUACUCACCUUCUUCGUCCGUGGAAUAUCGGACGUGACCUUCUCCAGACCGCUGAUUCCGAUGAUCCAUAUGUUCAUGGACAUCUGGGAAUCGAAACUGGACACGUUACCAUUGGAGAUCGUCAAGAAAGUCAUCGAGCUGUCGCACAUGGUAACAUUGGAGAACGACAUUCUGGAUCAGUUCAGCGUGCUGGAGGGAUCGUUGCAGAUGAUCGUCGCAGCGUCGAGAGCUUCAGAGACUCCCAAAGAUCCCCUGCAGAAAUUGAAUCUGAUGCCCAGUGAGGAAGCGCAGAAAAAGUUAGUCCUGAAUUUAACAUAAGAAAUACAAUGAAACACGUACAAAAACA